GGAGGAGGUAUCUUCACCACUGCGACGAUAAUCACGAGCGACAUGUAUAGUCUCAGGAGCCGUGGACUCACGCAAGGUCUAGCUUCUGUGUUUAGUAGUCUUGGGAUGGGACUAGGAGGUCCGCUAGGUGGCUACAUUAGCGAUAGGCUUGGCUGGCGCUGGGCUUUCUUACUCCAACUGCCUCUCUUCUUGGUAUCGGCCGUAUUGACCUCCAUCAACCUUCGUUAUGUUACUGCAGUAAUCUCCCGAAGCAAGAAAGAGGUGUUGAAGCGGAUCGAUUACGGCGGAACCUUGACCUUGCUGGGGGCUGUCCUGUCGCUACUCAUCUUCCUCAGUACGCGCUACAGUGAAGAGCAGCCGUGGUCCUCGCCAUCCGUCUUCGUACCCGUAAUUCUGGCAGGCGUCUUCGCGAUCGCUUUCGUCGUCUUCGAACUGCGCAUCGCCGUCGAGCCCGUCCUCGCCCCCGCGCUUCUGAAGCAGAGAAUUCCGAUACUCGUGGGGAUCAGCAACUUCCUCGUCGCGACGUGCAACUUCAUGGUCAACUACAACUUCCCGACGUGGUUCCAGACGGUCAUGCUCACGAGCGCGAGCGAAGCUGGGGCGCAUUUGAUUCCGAAUGCGUUCUCGAUCUCGUUCGGGUCGUUGUUCGCCGGAUGGAUGAUGCAUCGCACAGGGAGAUACAAAAGGCUCAACCUCAUCUUCGGACUGUUCCCCUUUACGGCCGCUAUCCUGCUCAGUCUGAUGCGAGUUGAUUCACCGUCGUUUCAAUUGUGGUUCAGCAUCAUCCCGAUGGGCUUCGGUAAUGCGGUGGUUCUGCAAACUAUGCUCAUCGCGCUCCUGGCCCACUUGCCCGAGUCGCAAAUAGCCGUCGGUACCGGUUUUGGUCAGGUAUUCCGAGGCUUAGGUCAAGUAGGAGGCGUCGCCGUCUCUGCGGCCGUCUUCCAGAGCAUCCUGAACUCUGAAUUGCACAAACGGAUCCACACUCCUGACGCGGAGGAGCUCAUUACGAAGAUCCGCCACUCCGCGACCCUCAUCGCGACCCUGCCGCCUGACUUACAAAGCGCAGCGCGCGACUCGUACGCGACCGCCCUGCGCGUCGUGUUCAUCAUGGCUGCCUGUUCGACGUUCCUGGCAUACUGCGCUCGUCUUCCGAUCCCGGACAAACCCCUCGAGCGGUCUCGUCCCAGAGCCCAAUCACACUCCGACGGUCGCGCGCAGGCGCCUUCGUACGGCGCAGUUGCGGAUGCCGAGAGUAGGGAUAGCAACGACAGCGCAGCUACGAGUGACGAUGAGGACGAGGACGGGCUGCCGCCUCUGAAGACGGCUGGUCUGCGUCCGAGGCGGUUGUCGACGUACGACUCGACACACCAGUCAUGA